AUGCCCUCCCUCCACUCCGCCUCUGCGGGCCAACACGGCGAAGCUGCCCACUGCGAUCUUUUGCCAGGCACUGAUGUACUGCGAGACACUUCGGGCGACGCCCCCGAAAAGGGACCGGUGCUUGUUCCACGCCCUUCCAACGAUCCGAAUGAUCCUUUGACAUGGUCGAGAACAUGGAAAUACUUGAUCGUCGGGUCCCAAUUCCUCUACCUCUUCGUGUCUGUCGAGUCUGCCUUAUCAAUGGGGCCAAUGUUCCCUUUUUUCGCAGAGGAAUUCGGCCUCGAUGACACCCAACUCAGCCUCUUGACCGGCACUUGCGUUUUGGCGCUCGGAUUCGCCAACUUCAUCAUUGUUCCUUGCUCGAAUAUCUUCGGCCGCCGUGUGACGAGCAUUUCGCUCUGUCUGCUCGGUGCAGCAACCUGUAUAUGGCAGGCGCUCGCCACCUCUUAUUCGAGCAUGCUGGCUGCGCGUGCAAUCAACGGCAUAGCUACUGCAACGAGCGAGACAAUCCUGGUCCAAGUCGUGUCUGAUGUGUUCUUCCUCCAUGAUCGCGGUCUCUGGACUGGAGUUUACUUCAUGGGCUAUUUCCUGGGGUUAUUCAUCGGGCCGAUUAUCGCCGGCAAUAUUGCGCAAAGAUUCGGCUGGCGUAGCUUCUUCUGGCUCUCCCUCGCCAUGACUGGGGUCAAUCUCAUCAUGCUCACCGUCUUCGUCCCGGAGACAAAGUACUCCCGCUCCUCCCCACCCCAAGUCUCAUCUUCCAACGAUCCCAAGUCGGAGUCGAUACAGCUCGAACACAUUGACCCCGACCCCAUGAUGGUGGGCAGGGGCCGCCCCUCAAAGGCCAAGUUCAGACUAUGGCAAAGCCCCGAUCCCAACUGGAAGCAGUUCCUCGUCCGCGACACAUUCUCGUGUAUCACACUCUUCUUCUUCCCCAUCAUCCUCUGGGCGGGGCUCAACGUUGCCGGCCCCGCAAAUGUCCUCCUCUACUGGAACCUCACCGAGUCUGCCAUCCUCAGCGCGCCCCCAAACAACUUCAGCCCCUCGGCCGUGGGCUACUCCAACUUUGCCUUUGUCGUCGGCGGCAGCCUCGGCCUCCUCACCGCGGGCCCCUUCUCCGACUGGAUCGCGAUGCGCGCGACGACCGCGAACAACGGCAUCCGCGAAGCUGAGAUGCGCCUCCCGGCGCUGAUCCCCUACUUCGUCACCUCAGUCAUCGGCAUCGUGGUCGGCGGCGUGGGCUACACGCGCGAGUGGGACUGGCCCGUUCUGAUUGUCGUCGGGUAUGGAUUUACGGGCCUCUGCGUGACGGCGGUGCCCACGAUUGCGGUGGCCUACGCGGUCGACUGCUACAGGUCGAUCGCCGGGGAGAUCAUGGUCGUGGCGACUGUGAUCAAGAAUAGCUGUGGGUUUGCGAUGAGCUAUUGGGUCUUCCCGCUGGCGGCGAGGACGGGCUGGUUGACGCCGGCGAUGGUGCAGUUGGCGUUGACGGCUGGGCCGAUGGUCCUGGGGCUGCCGAUGUAUUUUUUUGGAAAGAGGUUGAGGGCGAGGACGCGGAAUGCUAAAGUGCACUUCUAUGUUCAAAUUGCUUGUCAACACCUUCUUGGGCCGACUGUAAUGCUCAUUAACUGCACGGUGGGACAUCAGGGUGGGACCGUUUCCGACUGGUUCCGGGAAUCCGGGCGACUCGAAGAAACGUUCUUCCUGGACCGUCUGCCCUCUGCCCCCGCAAAACCCCCGCAAAAUCCCCUCGUCAUCGCGGGACCCAUGGCUAGUACCCCUUUGAGCCGCAGGCGGCAGCGUCUCUGCCCCUGGUGCUCUCGAUCGUUCACCAAAGACGAGCACCUGGCAAGGCAUGUUCGGACGCAUACCCGGGAAAAGCCGUUCAGCUGUUCCUUGUGCCAGAAAACGUUCAGUCGCAACGAUUCUCUGUUACGACAUGCAAGACGCCACCAGCCGGAUGCUAUCCGCCCCCCUCCGGGCACCGAGCUGGAAAGGACUUCGCUCGAUGCCGCGAGUACUAACGCGUCUACUACUAACCGGGCCGUCUGUGUUGCGCAGGGAUCUACUGGGGUCCUGCCGGGGGGGGAGCAGCCACCGACUGAUGCAGUGUCACUUCUAACCCCGCUUGCUGUUCAUGACAACAGCGCGACGGUUGGGCCGUUGGCGACGGAUGAUUUUACACGACCUGGAUCGGCUGGCUGGUUUCCAACUGGAAUACGCUCAGCGCAGGGUCCCGGCCCUGCCAGCGCCACGACUGACCACGGCCAGGGCAUCGACCUUGACCUGUCCUCUCACGCGCCGGAAUGGUUCGCCGGCAAUGACUUUGAUCUAGACGCCUUCAACACGACCAUCAUGUCGACAGCGUACUUCUACCCGCAGAGUAGCGUCCUGCCCAAUCACGAGGAAUCCGUGAGCUCCGAUCUGCGACAGUCUGAGGACGACCUGCCGCCGAUCCCCGUCGAGGACCUCAUCCAGCAGAAUUGGUUCAUCCUCAUUCAGGGCUCUUGCUCUGGCUCGAUUACCCCUGAUACAGCGCGAGACCAGAGUUAUGUCGAUGAGGAGUACCGAGAACACCUUGCCACGAAGCUUCAGCAUCACCUCCCCAUAUUGCCCCUCCCAUCCACGGACUUUCUGGUAGGAGCAUCCGCCGAUUUGCACUUUCAAUGUAUUAACUUUCAUGAAGAACCUCUGUGUACAAAUGUACUUUACUCGAUUUCAUCCAGUCUUUCCCAUUCUACAUGCUCCAAGCUUUCGUCCGUCCUCCAACCGCUCCCUCCUGCUGCUGUCGAUAUGCUCCAUCGGCAGUCUAUUCUUGAGCUCCCCCACCGCCGCUUCUCAUGGAAUAAAAAUAUUCGAGACUUUGAACAAGUCCAUUCUUUCAAGUGUAUGGCGCCGUCCGACUCGGGAGUACCCUUACUGAUGGUCGAACAGUGGGAGCGAUGUAUCUCAGCUGGAGGAUACGAGGCACUCACCAUGAUCCAAGCAGCUCUCCUCGGCCAAACAUUUGGCAUGUUGUCAAGGAGAAGGAAGGACUUGUUGACGGCACAGACCUUCCACGGCACGGUAAUUGCGUGGGCGAGACGGUUCAACAUGUUCCAGGCUGGCUCUGCUUCCAAGCACCUCAACCAGGAUCUCCUUGCGUGUGAGCCCGAGAAGGCCUGGAAAACAUGGAUCCACGCUGAAGAACGCAAUCGUAUCGCCGCUGGCCUCUACAUCCAUGACAUCGAGCUCGCAGAGCUCUCACUCUCAGAUCCUUUCCUGGGACGCGGCCUCUCCAAGCUGCCGCCAAUCUCAGACGAAACCCUCUGGGCCGCCCCCACUGCCGAAGCCUGGGCCACGGCUCUAACGGGGCCUCUAUCCAACCUCACCAACGGCAGCACGUAUUCGCCGCUAGAGGCCCCGGCUCAUAUACCCAGUGCCCCGGGAAACCCGAACAACAGGCUCUACGCGUAUUUGGAACUCCAGCGGAUUGCAGUCAGCAUUAUCCAAGGUCGGAGCUCAGGGGAUUUCUCCCAAAGGCAGCAUCAUCGUCAGCAGCAACACCAACAACAACAACAACAACACACAACCUCCCUCAUUACCUUCUACAACACAUACAUCCUCACCCCGCACCGCCGAAAACCCCCACCAGCCGACCCCUACCUCCUCCCAGCCCUCUGGCACUCCCUCUUCAUCUCACUGUCCACCGACCUCAACCGCCUCGAGCUCGUGAUCGGCCGCGAAGGCCACCACGAAGCACAGCGCCACACAGACUACGCGCGCGCCUGGGCCCGUUCCCCGGACGGCCUCCGAUCUGCGCUGCACGCCUCGAUGAUCCUGCACGAGCUCGAGGCCGCAAGCCUCGCCGCCGAAUUGCCCAUUCACGCCCCGCGCAUCCUCUUCCGCGCGGCGAUUGCUUGGUUCUGCUACACGAAGUACGGAGCGCCGGGUAGCGGCGCUGCCCAUGCCAACGCCAAUUCAGAUGCCAAUGUGCAGGGGACAGGAUCGUCGUCACCGUCCACAAUACCCGCCCUCCACCAGCAAUUCGGGCAAUUCCCCGAAUUCCGCAUCCUGCCCGUUGCGCCCCCGCAGGUGCUGUACGAGGUCACAGGCCUCCGCAGCUUCCGGCCGAACACGCCGGAGACGGGCACGUUCCGGCGCUUCGUCGAUGUCCUGCAGCGCGUCGGGCACUGGGGGAUUUCGCGGAACUAUGCAUACCUCUUGAGCUUGCUGUUUCCGGAAGGGGGUGGAGGAGGUGGGGGUGGUAGGGGCAUGGGGUAA